UGAGUGUAGUAAUGUGUGUUGGUGAUUCUAAAUGGCAUAGUACUGCUUUCCUCAUGCCAGAUAAUACAUACCCUUCUUGAGCAUGCGGCUGAUGUCACGCUGUGUAACCACAACAACCAGACAGCUAUGCAUGUCAGUCAUCGAGACCUCCAGGAGGAGUUGUUGUUGGCCAUGUUCAGGCCCCUGCCUCCUCAGGCUCAGCUCCUACAGGCGUGUUGGCAAGGGCACCUCCACCUGCUGCAGCACUUGCUGGCUCACACAUGCCAUGUGGACGUGGAUACUCCAAACAGGGAUGGGCUAACCCCUCUCAUGCUAGCUGUGAGAGAUGUUGACCUGUUUGAAAGUCUGAAGGGCCGUCUGCCCUGGGAAUACAAUCCACUGGGAGUGGUUAGGGAGCUUCUGUCACUGUCGCUUCACCGGGAGAUAUGCGACCUUAGGGGAUGCUCUGCCCUGCAGUAUGCUUCACAAGUUAAGAGUUCCCUGAGAGAAGAGCUGGUGCAAGUGAUAAUGGAUGCCCUCCACCAGCAAGUGCUCAUGCCCCUGCACUCUGAGUGUGUUGAUCAAGAGGAAUGGUCUGUGAGUAUCUCACAUUGCUUCUCACCCAGUGGUCUCCUUGAGCAGACAUCUGGCAUUUCUGAGAAUCAAUUUCAGUGUUUGGACGGUGGGCCCUUGUCAGAACAGCACAAAAUAAACAGCCAAGAUACGCAGAUCCAGAAGUCUGCCCUGAGCAGCGCGAGCACACCAAGAGAGAUGAGACCUCUUGACAUGGUCCAACGGAAGGACAACAGUCGAACGAGACUGCUUCCGAAAUUGGCGGACCAUUGCAGUUUGGAUAUUAUGAAUUCUGGUAUGCUGGGUAGUACAGAACCCAAUGGCCUAGCUCCAAGUUGGACAGACAUGAACAUCAAGCCUGUUCCUCCUGGAUCCUCAGCUCCACAGACAUCUCUUCUUACCCGGUCUGCACCAACCAUCAUGGAACCUUAUCUGGAUGCAAGUUCCCUUCUUCAAGUGCGAACGAACAUUCACAAUCGGUUGACAAGUACCAAGGAGACAGAUGAAUGGGGACAGAAGGGUUCACCAGAUUCACAAAAAAUCAGAACACCAAGAACAUUGGCUCCAUUGAAGAGAGGAUGCAGAAAUAGUCCUGUUCUAUUGUGUCUGAAAGCACCUUGUCCACUCAAACCUAUUGGUUUGUUUCCUCAGUCUACUGACCGCUCUGUAGAGACUGAAAAGGCAUCCAGAGAGGACAUCGAAGGACAAAGAGAUAGAGAUGACCGUGAAGGAAGCUGCCCCAGUGGUAGACAAGGACCACUGGGCAUAGAGGACACGAAUAGGGACAAUAGUGAUCAAGAGAGCGUUGUGGACUCAGAAGUCCUGGAUGGAUCAUCUCGAUUCGAUUUUCGGAACUCAUCUGUGUUUGAGUGUGCAGCAAACCCAAGACUUGAGGUUGCCAAAGUGUGUGAGGAGCCUACUGGAGUAACAUUUGAGGAAGGUAUUCGUAUCAGAUCUCUGUUUGAUGAUAAGGAAAACUGUGAAUUUCAGCACACUAACACAGAAAUAACACGGGCUGCUGAAGACCCUCAGAUGAACUAUGCAGAUGAGGCACAAGCUGAACAGAAGAUUGUCUGCUCUGAGAAUCCUUCAAUAGAAGCAAGCAGAGCUGAGCAAUCACAUCCAGAGUCACAUCCCUCAACUGGUGACACUAGAGACAUUGUGAAUGAAGUCAAAAUAAGAAACUCACAUGGUGAGGGAGAUACUGAGCAUCUUCUAGUGCCAACUGUGAAUGCCACAAUGGCAAAGGAAGAACAUGUGCCAGAAGCCAAGAGUCAAAUUACAAGAUUUAAGAAAGACAGAAAGGGAAGCACUCUUUUCCAAACCAACAAUUCCUUUAAUGUCUUGGCAUUUAAACCCCCAAAUAAGAAAACUUCAGCUGUUCCAUUCCAUGUAAAGAAUCAAGAUGGAAAACAUGAUUUAAUCAACAAAAAUGUGUCAAAGGGUAUUCACACAAACAUAGAGCAAGCAGGCACUCGAAAGCGAGUUACGGAGUUAGUAAAACCAAAGAGGGGAAAUGCUGACAAGAAACGUCUGAGUAAUAUAAGAUGUUUAAGUCAAAAGCAUCUCAACCAAAAGGAGCAGAAUAGAACAAAACCUCCCCACCUUCCCAAGUCAGAGAUUGUAGGGCCACUUAAGGCCAAAUCAGCUGUGGAUUAUAUAACUUACAAUGACAUGUUUCAUGAGAUCAUGAAGGGGGACGAUGGGCUAGCCAUUUUUGAGAUGUUUGCAACCCCACUGUAUGACAACCUCAGAGUGACAAGGUCCUCUGAAAGACAAAGGCAGGUGCAGUCAGCUCCACCAAUCAAGACCCAUAUCCAAAACUUCAAGAACAGAUGCCCCAAGAUAGUGGAGAGAAAGAAAAAGAAACAGGCCGAUAAGAGUAAACAGAAAAGAAAUAGGGACAUUGUAGUAUCAGGAAUGCCUUGCAAUGCACUAAUUUUGAAAGAAGACAACACUGAAUCAUUUCCCAAUUCAAGCCCUAUGAAGCCUGAGGCGAUCUCAUGUGUUGAGGCAAAUGAAGAAAUUGACGCACCCCAGGGUGAUGAGCAGACUCUGAAAGGGCAUGUAUUGUCAAUAAUUGAAGAAGCUCUGUCUCAAACUAGCUCAAAGGCACAUAUGCUUGGCAAUCAGUUGCAAGGAAAAUAUCUCGGCAUGUCUGCUGAGAAAAGGAAAGCUUCCCUUCAGCUCACUGCAAGUCAUCAGGACGUCCCUGAAGAAUCUGAGGUGAAGGUUGAUCCAGACACAGAGUGCAGUCAAAGUUCAAAGUUCACCAGUUCACAAGUGUGUCCUGCACAGCCAAAGGUCAACACUUGGACCUCAAGCAGCAAGGACCGAACAUGCCUGACUCUAUUUCAGACGUAUGGGGCUGAGGGAGAGGAGGAACCUCUCACAGAUGAGCUGAUGCAGUGCCUGGUGGAUGAGUUAAUAUCACUGGAGGAGAGAGAAAUAGAGACUGACCAUUCUGAAAACACCAGAGUCCUCAGGCCCAGCGAAGAAGCUCCACUGAUGAUGCAACAAACUUUCCACAAGGGCAGUGGGGUGGUCAAUAUGGAAGGGUCCUGUGACGAAGGAGCCAUCACAUGGACAAAGGGAGAAAUUCUAGGUAGAGGGGCAUUUGGAACAGUCUACUGUGGCCUGACCAGCCAAGGGCAGCUAAUUGCCGUGAAGCAAGUCAUCCUGGAUGCCAUGGAUGUGGAAAUAGCAAAAAACGAGUACGGCUGUCUCCAAAGAGAAGUGGACCUGUUAAAGAGCCUCUGCCACACAAACAUUGUUGGGUUCCUGGGCACCUCUCUGAGUGAGAGCAUCGUCAGCAUUUUUAUGGAAUACAUCCCCGGAGGAUCUAUCGCUAGUAUCCUUCAUCGCUUCGGACCCUUGCCCGAAAGGGUGUUAGCCAUCUACACCCAACAGAUCUUAGAAGGGGUGGCCUACCUGCACAGCAACAAAGUCAUCCACAGAGACUUGAAGGGGAACAAUGUCAUGCUUAUGCCCACUGGUGUGAUCAAGCUCAUUGACUUUGGUUGUGCCCGUCGGCUUAGCUGUCUCAACCAAACUGGGAGUCACAGCGACAUCUUGAAAUCUGCACACGGCACACCCUACUGGAUGGCACCAGAAGUGAUCAAUGAGACUGGGCAUGGCCGGAAGUCAGACAUCUGGAGCAUAGGCUGCACCGUGUUCGAGAUGGCGACUGGAAAACCUCCACUGGCUCACAUGGACAAGAUGGCCGCCCUAUUCUACAUAGGGGCCCGACAAGGACUGAUGCCAUCUUUGCCGGACAGUUCCUCCAGACAUGCAAAACAUUUUGUACAAGCAUGUCUAACAAGUGAUCAACAUCAGAGACCUUCUGCAGAGCAGCUGUUGGAACAUCCUUUCCUUCCGCAUGAACGAUGGUUUGAAUGAACAUCCCUGUUCACUUCAGAGAAAUUGAUUGAUUUGACUCGUCAUUUGAAAUGUAAUCUUAGAUUGGAAUGUAAACUAUAAAAUAAUGACUUGCAUUGAAAAUGAACUGCACUAAAUACAUUUAUAAAUACAGCUUUAAGACAGGCAUUGCAUAUUGUGAU